CUAUACUAUUUGCAUAAAGCAGGUUGGAUCCAUUGCGAUUUCAGCGUCGGGAACGUGAUUUGGGUCGUCGGCGACAAUGGGGGUAUCGGCAAACUGGGUGACUUCGAGUACACGAAAGAGAUAAAUUCAGACACUUCUCACGACGUUCGAACGGGAACAAUGCAUUUCAUGGCCAUAGAAGUAGAACAUCAGCAGUACCUUUUCCAAACCCUAGCUCCCCCUCCAACAUAUGGUGAUACAAACGUCCCGUCCCCCCCUCCAUUCCGCAUGAACUUCCUGCACGACAUCGAAUCUGUAUGGUGGGCGUAUGCGUGGAUAUUCUCUUAUCACACGGACACAAUCACGGCGAACUCCAACAAUUCCUUCAAUGUGGAUGCGCAGUUGAGACAACAUCAGCUGGCGUUCCCUGGUGCGAUUGACCAGCCAACACGCCUGAAAUUCUUCAUUGGCAUCACAGAACUUUAUCACACCUGCAAAUCCAUCCUUUCAGAUAGAUGCUUUAAGGUUUGCGAUAAUCUUGCGCAUUUUGCAUAUACUCUCCAAGCCAGUUAUCGAAAGGCAGAGGCUGAGCACCCCUCGAUUGUGCUUGAUGACUCCCUUCGGGAAGAUAUGCAUGCAAAAGCCGCAGAAUAUCUCGAUUAUGCGCAAAAAAAAGCUGGUGAUAUCAAACUUUGUCGGCUCCUCAACCUCCGCAAGCAGAAGAGACCCCGAGAAGAAGGUGAAACGUCGCCUCCGCCAGAUAAUGCAGGGAAGAGGAUCCACCAGGGUUGA